GGAGAAGAACACCUCUGGGAUGAUCAGCCGCGUUUCUCCAGGGAGGAUGGAGUGGAUCAUCCCUCUGAUUGUGGUCUCAGCCUUGACCUUCGUGUGCCUCAUCCUUCUCAUUGCCGUGCUGGUGUACUGGAGGAAUGAGGCUUCAGAGUCAAUUUGCAGUCUCUUGGGUAUAAAAAGAAGCUGUUAGGCCUAUAACUAUAUGACAAAUUAUACUGGACAUUUUACUUGUUGGAAAUUCCUGUUCAUCCUGCUGGACUCUGUAGAACUGGCAGCUCUUAUUUACUCCCAUCAUUUUUGAGGCUUCUCUAUUAAUCUCAGUGACUUACAGUAUCUUUUUUCUUAUAAACUUUAAUAUAGUCAACAAGAAAUAUUCUUGUGUAUCAAAAUGCCUAAAUCAAAAUCUGGAAUAAAGUUGAUGACUGAUGAAUUAGUAAAGAGUGAAAAUGUGUUCAUUUUCUCAGCUUUCUUUUUGUUAUAGUUCUUGUGAUCAUUAUAUCUGAGGUUGGGUUUGGGGGCUGUAAUGGCAACUUCAGUGCU